AUGGACGCCGAGGUAGUACGCUGCAAUCUCUAUCAGCUAGACCUUGUGCAAUUCAGCACGAAGCGUGGCAUGAUCGACCGCGGCCUGGUGAUUUCGUAUGCCCCGGAGGACGACACAUGCAGGUUGUUCCGCCUCGACGGCACAAUGGUGACCAAGAAGGCUGAUGAAAUCCCCGUCCUCGAAAGAAGCUCCAUCCACGUCGGCCAGUUCGUGGUGUCGGCGACGGACGCCGGUGGCCAAAUCGGCGUCGUCACCGGCGUCGCCACCGAUCUCCACGUCGCCCAGAUCGACGACCGUGGGAAGGUGGGCAAGCAGAUCCUGGGAGUGUCGACGGCCGGCGUGCGGCGCGUCAGAGAGCUCAGCCUUGGCGACUACGUCUUGUCCGGGCCAUGGCUGGGCCGGGUGGUCGAGGUGUCUGUGGACGUCGACGUCUUGUUCGACGACGGCGCUGUCUGCAGGGUCGCCGACGCGGGGCCCAAGGUGCUAAAGUCGGCGAGUAAUAAAAAGGUCUAUCACUUCCCCCAGACGAACGUCCCCUUCUACCCUGGGGGGCGUGUCACGAGCGACUCCUUCGAAGGCUCGCGGUGGCUGAACGGCCACUGGAAGCCGGACCGCAAAAUAGGCACGGUGGUCAACGUGGAGAUGGCCGGCGUCUCCGUUUACUGGAUCGCGUCGGCGCAACGCGGCACCAAGCAACAACUCGUCCAGGAGUCAGCUCCUCCUACUCACCAGCACCCUAGCAGCCUGACCUAUUUCUGCUCCGCGUCCGAUUGCCGCUGGGCGUUAGGCGACCGCUGCUUUCUUAACGACGAUGUCGAGCAGCACCACGCAAGUUCACUGCAGGCGCACUCGGCGCCGCUGCCCACCAUGACCGUCGCCAACCACAACACCACCGUCGACGUGCUGUGGCAGGACGGCACGCGGCAGUAUGGGGCUAGAUCAACGUACCUCGACCCCUAUGGUUACCCCUAUGAGUUGAUGAUGGAGCACGACUUCUUUCCUGGGCAGCACGUUGUUGACAACGCUCCUAGCGACGCCGUCGAUGAUGCUGCCGGAGAUGACGCCAAUGGAUCAACAAGGCGCGUCGGCGUCGUCAGAAGCGUGGAUCACAAAGACCACAUGGUGCACCUGUCGUGGUUCAAGGCGGCGUCGACGCGGCCCGGCAACGAGGCCAGCAGCUUGGAGGUCGAGUGUGACGAUACCGUGAGUGCGUAUGAUCUGGUCAGGGACCCUGACCACUAUGUUGUCUAUGGAGACGUCGUCGUUCGUCUAUCAACCGUCACCGGAAGCACACCGGCGGCGCAGCAACCACAGGCGGCCACGAGCACCCCCGCCGAUGUUCCAUGGGUCGGGCGUGUUGUUGACCUACUUGACGGCCACGUCCAAGUCAAGUGGAGUGACGGCAGCACGUCGAUGGUGUUACCCCAUGAAAUCAGUGUCGCCAACAAGGAGAGCUACAUGCAACUGCGGGAUGAAAUGGCUGACUGGGUGGAGGAGGACGAUGUCGGUGCUCCUCAAGAAUUGGAUGCUGCAAACGCGGUCAAUGAUCCACAUGAUUCAGUAGAUGCUACAAACGUCAAAGAUGGUGACGGUUCUGUGAAUGAACUAGAUGGCCCUGCUGAAACCAGGCAGAAUGCGGAAGUGUCCAUGCACGAAGAUUCUGAUGUUGGUGGCGCCGCCACGGAGGCCGACCUCGUUGAUCUAGUGACAAGAGGCGAUGUAAGUGUCGAUGAUAGCGAGGAAGACUAUGCCAAUGAUGUGGAGAUCAAGGCCACUGGAGAUGGCGGCCCGUUUAAGUUCCCAAAUUUUGAUGUGGUGAAGAGCCCUCCGGAUCAUUAUUACCUUGACACCGCACAUCAGGGCAUCAGCAGCGGAAAUGGGUCGGUACACGUAAAAAAGGUGCAAAAGGAGUGGAAAAUACUACGCGACAGCUUACCAGGCACGAUCUACGUACGGGCGUUCGAGGACCGUAUGGACCUGGUCCGGGUGGCAAUGGUAGGCGCCAGUGGGACGCCGUAUCAGGAUGGGCUCUUCUUCUUUGACAUGCAGAUGCCGCAGUCCUACCCGGCCGUGCCACCGGAAGUGUACUACCACUCUUUCGGCUUCCGUCUGAACCCAAAUUUGUAUACCGACGGUACGGUGUGCCUAAGCCUGCUCAAUACCUUCAGCGGCGAGGGCAACGAGGUCUGGGUGCCAGGGACAUCAAGCCUCCUUCAGGUCGUCGUCUCCAUCCAGGCCCUCGUCCUCAAUAGCCAGCCAUUCUACAACGAGGCCGGCUAUGAGCGACUGAUCGACAGACCAGAGGGCCACCGCCACGAGCUGCCCUAUAAUGAGAACGCCCUCUUGCUCACUCUCCGGACCAUGAUCCACCUGUUGCGCCGGCCGCCGCAGGGCUUCGAGGGGGUUGUCAGGGACCAUUUUCGCCGACGUGGGAGGUACGUGCUCGAAACGUGCGAGGCGUACCUGCAGGGAUGCGUGGACGCCGGUCAUGGGAGCAUGGAGCUGCCGUGCUCGGCCGGCUUUAGGACCGCGCUUGCUAAUGUCAUGCCCAAGCUCACGACAGCAUUCGCGCAGAUUGGUGCCCAAGGGUGCGACCAUUGUGCUGCCACCAACCAUUGA